UGUUGGAAAAAUGGGGAAAUUCCGGUAGCAAUUAAGAGGGGUUUUAAGUGUGUUUUGUUGCUUAAUUCAUGUGUAAAUUGCUUGAGUUGAUUGCUGUGAUUUUUGGAGAGAAAACCCUGUGAUUAGCUAGUGUUUUGGCCAAUUUGCGGAAGUGGAGUUACUGUUCAUCGGUUACUGUUCACACCCCGAGGGCCAACAAUUAACGGGGAUUUAAGUGAUUAGUUUGUGAUAUGAGAACGAAUUUGGAGAUGUCUGAUCAUGUGGAAAGUGAUAGAAAUAGCAUUGUGAUUAAGAGUGAUCUUAAUGAUGAUUUCAGCUUGAAUUUGUGAUAGUCCGGUAAUUAAUUCGUGGAUAUUUUGAUUAGGUUCUUGAUCGUUCUGUCAGUUUAGUACGUGACUUGAGUCUCGGUUUUAUGCAAGUGAGGAAGUGAAACCGAGGAUGGGGAAACCACGGGAAGUGACAAGUUAGAAAGCUAGCCAUUUCAAGAUUGAUAUAGAUUCUAGAAAUCAUGAUCUUGUAAGCUCGAGUGUACUUGGAGAUUUUAUGAUAUCAGAGUAAAUUUUAAAGAUUUGAUCUUCAGAUGUUGAUGGUAUCAGAUGUGAUAUGAUAAGUUCCGAGCCUUGUGCACUUGUGGGACCCGUCUCACGAGUGUACGGCGUCUGCCACGUCUCCGGAUUUGGGUUCUGGGGCGUGACAAAACCACUAUUGGUUCGAAUAUGUUUUUCAAACCAAUAGUGGUCCGAAUAGGUACAGUAGAAAAAAAAAAAUUUUUCCCCAAACUAUGCGAAAUUCAUUCUACUCCCGAUCAAGCAACAUGCUCUAAAAGCUUUGAAUGCCAUAGAAUCUAAAUAAAUUAAGAUUUAGAAA